CUACAUGUAGCCUACGUUGAAUAUAUUUAUGUUUAUCGAUUUUUAAUGUUAUGAUUAUUUGAAGGAUUUUUAUACUGUUACCGAUUUUGUUUGAUAUAUUUUGUUUUAUUCAUUAAACAUUAAUUGCUAUGUAUCGCUGUGUCACCUUACUUACAAUUUACAAAAUUAUCACGUGGUUAUUGGUGCACGUAGAAAGGUCACUAAGGGUCAACUACAUCGAUGUUUAGGAUGAGUAAUUGCGAUAUAUGAAGCUGUCAAGAUUAAUGAUUUGUCAAAAGUAGAGUAAGAUACGCAUAAAACAUGUGACUUAAAAACAAAAUGGACACCCUGGUCAAAAAACCGUUCGACUCCACCUCGACCAUAACAGAAACCAAAGACAUUCCUUCGAAUGUCCACAGAAGUAUCAAAUGUGUGCUCAUUAUCCUAAACUCGCUCCAAGUGUUUCUCGGGCUCACCUGUUGUGUUGGGUGUCUAUUCGUGAGGUUUGACAAGGUGUACAUCAAACGACUCGUGCGUACCUAUUUGAUGCCGGUCGUGGCGGAUCUCAUGCGGACAUUCAGCGGUUCCGAUUACGGUAUUGGCUACGCAAUCAAUGCAUACGACACAACGGAAGUUCUCCGAUGGGUGGCGCUCGUGUUUCUAGUAAUGACAUUUAUCCUUCUACUUCCGGCCCUCUUUGGCAUAUCCGGUCUUUGCAGUAAAAGGCCAUGGCUAAUGACGACUUAUAUCGUAGUAACGGGAGUCCUAGUGAUCGCAAAGAUCGCACUCAUUGUCCUGUGUUAUAUUCGUCCUGAUGUUAUUCAGGACUGGAUAAGGACACCCCUCAAGGUCUCCCUACAGACCACCUACAGGGGGGACACAGCCACUGACCCGGUGUCCGUCACGUGGAACUUGCUGAUGAUCAAAUUGUCCUGCUGUGGAGUAGAUAACGGAAGAGACUUCGAGUUUUCACGUUUUAAUCGUGAUUUCACUCUACAUAUUUUUAAUCAGACAUUGUCGAUCAGCAACUUGCAAACACCUUUGGCUUGUUGUAAUAGUGCCUCACGACGAACGACAUUUGAGCCUGGCGCAUGCGCAAAGUAUCCUAUCCGUAAAGACCACACUCAUUACUUUGAAGGUUGUCUGGAGAAGAUCUGGAGCUACGUCACACAGUAUUCUGAUGCAUUUAUCCUAGCAGCCGUGGUGAUUUGUUCAUUAGAGGCUCUACAGGUGAUUCUAACCUGUGUGUUUAUGGAACUUCUGAAACGAGAAAUGGAAGAGCGGAAACGGAGGAAGUCCCGGACGUACAGGAAAGGAAGUGACUUCUUCUAUCCCUCAAUAUCGGAGGAAAGUCUGAUGUGACUCAAAAAGGAUUAGUUAGAGAACUUGUAGAGUUCAAUCAUUAAAACAAUAAAAUACUAAAAUAGAAAGAUGCACGAUAACUCGCUACACGAUGCUAAAAUUGGGGAAAUAAUUUGAAAUCUAUGGAAAUGUAUAUACAAAAAAUUCGGGGAAUAAAAAUAAGCAUGGUUAGCAAACCUUUCUUUAAUCGAUUCAGUCGAUUUGUUCAAAUUGUUUGGAAAUUGACAGCUCUUCGGGAGAUUUUUAAAUAUCAACUUAUUUUUAGUAAAUUGAAUACAUGCAGGUGCGUAUCCGAAGAAUAGUAAAUUUUCGUGGAAUUCGUUUGUGUAAUAUUGGAUCAAUGCCAACAUUAAUAAUAAAUGGUGCCG